AUGGAAUCAACCAUCGCCAAACCACUGACGCUCAACUGCGGUCUGCAGUUGAAGAAUCGCCUAGUCAAGGCUGCGCUGGUCGAGUGCAUGGCUGAUGAAAGUAACCUGCCUACGGACCUGCAUACCAAUCUUUACAGGCAGUGGGCAGAAGGAGGCUGGGGUAUGGUUCUCACUGGCAGCGUCUCAAUCGACAGGAUGUACCUCACCGACGCCCGGGACAACAGCUACUACCCUUCAAACACAACCGCCUUCAUCGCACGAUGGCGCGCCCUAACAGACGCGUGUACAACAUCCAGCCCCGGCAAUACCACAGCGCUAAUAAUGCAAAUCAACCACCCUGGCCGGCAAUCCCCGCUCUGCGCCGGCUCCCGCUCCUUCACCACAAAGAACAUCGCGCCCAGCCCCGUCCCCUUAAACCUGGGCUCCGGCCUCGUCGCCCGGUUCGCGAGCUCGCUUGCCUUUGGCACGCCGCGCGAGAUGACCAAGACUGAUAUCGAGGAUGUUAUCCAGCGCCAUGUGCACGCAGCGCGGCUAGCGCGCGAGGCUGGGUUCCACGGUGUGCAGCUGCAUGCUGCGCAUGGGUAUCUCUUUACCCAGUUUUUGGGUAGCGGGACGAAUCGGCGGACGGCGGACGCGUAUGGUGGGUCGGUUGAAAAUCGGGCGAGGAUUGUGGUCGAGACGGUCCGUGGUAUUCGUGAUGCGCUGGGGGAUGAGUUCUGUGUUGGGAUCAAGUUGAAUUCCGUGGAUCAUCAGUCGGGCGAGGCGCUGGCCGAGUGUUUGGUGCAGCUUAAGAUGAUCAUUGCUGCGGGGGUGGAUUUUGUGGAGAUUAGUGGGGGGACGUAUGAAGAUCCAGCGAUGAUGCAAUCAGCCUCACAACCACCAACAGAGAACUCAAAAUCCGCGCGAACUCUCGCACGAGAAGCCUUCUUUCUCGAAUUCGCCCGCGCAAUCCGGCACGAGAUCCCCGACACGCCGCUGAUGGUGACUGGCGGAUUCCGCUCUAGAGCAGGCGUCGUGGCUGCAAUUGCCGAGAGCGGGUGCGACCUCGUUGGUAUUGGACGCCCCUCGGUCCUGAGGCCUUCUCUGCCGAAUGAUAUCAUUCUCAAUAGAGAGGUGGGUGAUGAGCAGGCUGUCUUCCCGACGAAGCCUGUUGAGGCGCCGUGGGUGGUUAGGAUAGCUCAGAUGCCUGCCGUGGGGUCGGGGAUUGAGUCGAGAUGGUAUAGUGGUCAAAUGCAGCAACGGGCCCGUCGAGCUGUGGAUGCGGCAGCGUAA